UGCGUCUUUCAGGCGACGCUGCCAGCGUGACGUAUAAUCUAGUGGACGGUUCUUCAGAAACAGCUCGUCAACCACCUCGGUAGCUGUCUAGCCAACAUAGCCGAAAGAUUCAAGCUAUUUAUACGCUUUUGGUUUAUAUUAGCUACCGCGUUUUAGACACACUUCUGUCGUAUCUACUUGUGAACCUAUUUAAUUUAAUAUUACGUUAUUUUGUAUUAGUCAGCUAUAGUAUCUGUCUGGUUAAGUUAGCACUAGCCUAGUCGCUAAUGAUAAUAGCUAGCUAGCUAACAUCCCCGAACAUGAGCUCCCUAAACAUCUCCCCUCCUGUUAAAGAAGAGGAGGUCUGCUGGACGGAGAAAGAAGCUCUGGGGUUGAACAUUGUUGUGAAAGAGGAGGAGGAUGUCACAGUAAAACAAGAAGUAGAGGGUGAGGCUGUUACAGUGAAAGAAGAGAAAGACGUUUUAGUGAAAGAAGAGGAAGACUCGUUCAGAGUGAAAGAUGAGGAGGAUGUUACUGUGAAAGAAGAGGAGGAUGCAGUUUUUGGAGUGAAGAUGGAAGGGGAGAUUACUGUCACAUUGAAAGAUGAAGAGGUGGAGAUAGGAGAUCCGAUUAACAUCAGAGAGAGAAGUGACUACCGUGGGUCCUCUGGGGAGCCUCAACAAAAUCAUGAUGCUGACAUGGCAGAGAAGAGUCUCCCCAGAUCAAAACACCUCAAGAAACACCAGCAGAAACCCACAGGGAAGAAAUCGCAUUGCUGCUCUGACUGUGGGAAACAUUGCAAGUCUUCAUCAGAACUUAAAAUACACCAGCGAGUACACACAGGAGAGAAAUCUUAUAGAUGUACUCAAUGUGGGAAGAGUUACUUAAGAUCAAAAUCACUGAAAGUACACAUGAGAAUUCACACAAGAGAAAAAGCUUAUAGCUGUGAUCAAUGUGGGAAGAGUUUCACUACAUCUAGCUAUCUGACAAUACACCAGAGAACACAUACAGGAGAGAAACCGUAUAGCUGUACUCAAUGUGGAAAGAGUUUUACUCAUUCAAGCAACCUGUUAUCACACCAGAGAAAACACACAGGAGAGAAAUCUUAUAGCUGUGAUCAAUGUGGGAAGAGUUUUACUCAGUCAAGCAACCUGGUAUCACACCAGAGAACACACACAGGAGAGAAACCGUAUACCUGUGCUCAAUGUGGGAAUAGUUUUACUACGUCUAGCCAUCUGGUUGUACACCAGAGAACACACACAGGAGAGAAACCUUAUAGCUGUACUCAAUGUGGGAAGAGUUUCACUCACUUAAGCAGCCUGGUAUCACACAAGAGAAAACACACAGGAGAGAAACCUUAUAGCUGUGGUCAAUGUGGGAUGAGUUUUACUACAUCGAGCCAUCAGAUUGUACACCAGAGAACACACACAGGAGAGAAACCUUAUAGCUGUACUCAAUGUGGGAAGAGUUUCACUCACUUAAGCAGCCUGGUAUCACACAAGAGAAAACACACAGGAGAGAAACCUUAUAGCUGUGAUCAAUGUGGGAUGAGUUUUUCUACAUCUAGCCAUCAGAUUGUACACCAGAGAACACACACAGGAGAGAAAUCCCAUAGCUGUGAUCAAUGUGACAAAAGAUACUCUGAUAAAAGAUCUCUGAUCAAACAUCAGAAAAUACAUACAUGAAGGAGUUGUUUCAUGAUAUCAAUUAAACAAUGUCACAAUGUAGAAUGUUUUACACAUUGUAGUAGCUGUUUUUUAAUGUCACAAUGUAUAACCCUAAAUGUUUGCCCCCCCCCCUCCUGUUAAAUUGAUUUCAGCAUGAUAUGGAUAUUAGCCUCAUCAAUGGAAAUUGUUUUGUACUUUGCUCCAUUCUUCUUUCCCUCGAUCCUGACUAGUCUGCCAGUCCCUGCCACUGAAAACAUCCCCACAGCAUCAUGCUGCCACCACCAUGCUUCACCGUAGGGAUGGUGCCUGGUUUCCUCCAGAUGUGAUGCUUUGCAUUCAGGCCAAAGAGUUCAAUCUUGGUUUCAUCAGACCAGAGAAUCUUGUUUUUCAUGGUCUGAGAGGCCUUUUUUUGAACUCCAAGUGGGCUGUCAUGUGACUUUUAUUGAAGAGUGGCUUCUGGCUGGCCACUCUAUUAGAGGUCGACCGAUUCAUUGGAAUGGCCGAUUAAUUAGGGCCAAUUUCAAGUUUUCAUAACAAUCGGAAAUUGGUAUUUUUGGACACCGAUUUACACCUUUAUUUAAUCUUUAUUUAACUAGGCAAGUCAGUUAAGAACACAUUCUUAUUUUCAAUGACGGCUUAGGAACGGUGGGUUAACUGCCUCGUUCAGGGACAGAUUUUCACCUUGUCAGCUCGGGGGAUACAAUCUUGCAACCUUACAGUUAACUAGUCCAACGCUAUAUAACCACCUGCCUCUCAUUGCACUCCAAAAUGAGACUGCCUGUUACGCGAAUGCAGUAAGCCAAGGUAAGUUGCUAGCUAGCAUUAAACUUAUCUUAUAAAAAACAAUCAAUCAAUCAUAAUCACUAGUUAACUACACAUGGUUGAUGAUAUUACUAGUUUAUCUAGCGUGUCCUGCAUUGCAUAUAAUCUGACUGAGCAUACAAGGAUACAAAUAUCUGACUGAGCGAUGGUAGGCAGAAGCAGGCUCGAAAGCAUUCAUUCAAACAGCACUUUUGUGCAUUUUGCCAGCAACUCUUUGUUGUGCGUCAAGCAUUGCACUGUUUAUGACUUCAAGCCUAUCAACUCCCGAGAUGAGGCUGGUGUAACAGAUGUGAAAUGGCUAGCUAGUUAGCGGGGUGCGCGCUAAUAGCGUUUCAAACGUCACUCGCUCUGAGACUUGGAGUGGUUGUUCUCCUUGCUCUGCAUGGGUAACGCUGCUUCGAGGUUGGCUGUUGUCGUUGUGUUCCUGGUUUGAGCCCAGGGAGGAGCGAGGAGAGGGACGGAAGCUAUACUGUUAGACUGGCAAUACUAAAUUGCCUAUAUGAACAUCCAAUAGUGAAUGGUUAUUGAAGUACAAAUGGUAUAGAGGGAAAUAGUCCUAUAAUUCCUAUAACUACAACCUAAAACUUCUUACCUGGGAAUAUUGAAGACUCAUAUUAAAAGGAACCACCAACUUUCAUAUGUUCUCAUGUUCUGAGCAAGGAACUUAAACGUUAGCUUUCUUACAUGGCACAUAUUGCACUUUUACUUUCUUCUCCAACACUUCAUUUUUGCAUUAUUUAAACCAAAUUGAACACGUUUCAUUAUUUAUUUGAGGCUAAAUUGGUUUUAUUGAUGUAUUAUAUUAAGAUAAAAUAAGUGUUCAUUCAGUAUUGUUGUAAUUGUCAUUAUUACAAACAACAACAAAAAAAUCAUCCGAUUUAAUCGGUAUCGGCUUUUUUGGUCCUCCAAUAAUCGGUAUCUGCGUUGAAAAAUCAUAAACGGUCGACCUCUACACUCUAUCAUAAGGCCUGAUUGAUAGAGUGCUGUAGAGAUGGUUGUCCUUCUGGAAGGUUCCCCAAUCUCCACAGAGGAUCUCUGGAGCUAGGUCACAGUGACCAGCGGGUUCUUGGUCACAUCCUUGAACAAGGCCCUUCUCCCCUGAUUGCUGUUUGAAGAGUCUUUGUGGUUCCAAACAUCUUCCAUUUAAGAAUGAUGGAGGCCACUGUGUUCUUGGGGACCUUCAAUACUGAAGACAUUUUUCGGUACCCUUUCCCAGAUCUGUGCCUCGACACAAUCUUGUCUCGGAGCUCCACUGACAAUUCCUUCGACCUCAUGGCUUGGUUUUUGCUCUGACAUGCGCUUUCAACUGUGGGACCUUAUAUAGAAAGGUGUGUGCCCAAAUCAUGUCCAAUCAAUUGAAUUUACCGCAGGUGGACUCCAAUCACUUUGUAGAAACAUCUCAAGGAUGAUCAAUGGAAACAGGAUGCACCUGAGCUCAAUUUUGAGUGUCAUAGCAAAGGGUCUGAAUACUUAUGUAAAUAAGGUAUUUCUGUUUUUCAUUAUGCGUUAUUGGGAUGUCAUUAUGAGGUAUUGUGUGUAGAUUGAUGAGGAACACAAUAUUAUUUAAUACAUUUUAGAAUAAGUCUGUAAUGUAAAAAUGUGGAAAAAGUCAAGGUGUCUGAAUACUUUCUGAAUGUUCUGAAUAUGCUGUUGGUUUACUGUUAUAAUAUAUGUUGUAUGACUACACCAAUACUGUUAAUAAAGCAAUGAUGCAGAGAUGUAGAAAAUGCAUGGCCAACCUUGCUGCUAGAUAUCUAGCUGGGUGUGCAGGUUUCUGUUCCAGCCCUGCACUAUCACCUGACAUUGUGCUGAUUAUUUGGAUUAGACACUUCAACUAUUCAAUCAUGUCUUGUUUUGGAGUCAGAUGGAUGCCUAAACCCACUGCCCAUUUCCACAGGUGUUCUUUAUGAUAGGAAAUAAA